AUAUAUUAAAAUGUCGUGUGGAAAAUGCAACAAAAAAAUUAUUGAUAGAUUACAUAAAACAUUCGAAUGUAAAAAAUGUAAAAUUUUAUACCAUUUAACAUGUGUAAGCAGUGCAUCACAGAAUUCACAAAUAUGUGAUAAGUGCAAUAGUACACCAAAAAGCUCGUCAAACUCAACAUUGCGUAAUCUCCUGCCAGGUUUUGUAAAGGCAUCUGACAGCAUACAACAGAGUGGUUCGUCUAGUUUGGCCGAGAAUAAUAAAUUAGAUAUUAUCAUUGAAGCUGUAAAGAAUAUGGAACGUAUUCACGAGACGUAUGUAGAAAAAAUAUUACAACUUGAACAUGAAAACAAUAGUUUAAAGAAAAAAAUCAACGUCCUAGAAAACAAAGUUGAAUAUUUUGAACAAUCAAUGUUGUCUUCAUCCAUUGAUAUAGUCAACCUGCCGGAACUCGAAAAUCCAAACUCCAUCGAAACAGCGGCCGGAGUAUUGAGUUCAAGCCUUAAUGUUACUAUAAAUUGUGAUGACAUUAAAAAAUGUAGCUCCUGGAAAAUAAAAAGACGAGGUGAGAACAAUUCAAAUUCAGCGCCUACGAGCAUCAUGAGAGUGGAUUUUAAUACGCAUGACGUGCAACAACAGGUUUUGAAGAAGAAAAAUGAGUUAAAAAAGAGCAUUUCUUAUCAAGAAUUGAAUGUCUCGGAGAAUUUUAACAAAUAUUCCCCAAAUUGUUCUGGUGAUGUUUCUGUGGUUUACGAUAAGAAUUACAUAAAGUCAAUAUAUAUUCAUGGUAGAUCUGUAAUAAAUGUACGCCCUGACAUGGAUCCCGAGAAAAUACUAUGCAUAUUUCAAGAAUUGAUAAUAAAGAAGGUAUCGAAAUUUUCAAAGAUUACAUAACAAAAAAAUAUUUCAAUUGUAGUUAUAAAGAGUUUUAUAAAAAUAAGGUGUCUAAAAUAAUACUAGAUUAUAUAUGUUGCUCGGUUUACCCUUUUUGUACUUGCACAAUUAGAAAAGUUUAAAAUAGUAAAUUAAUUAAAUUCAAAUAAAAAAAAAACAAUUAAUAUUUAUUUUAAGUAAAUAAAUGUAAAUGUAAUUUUAAAAAACAAGAAAUAUACCCCACCCCACAAAAUUUGUAUGAAUAAUAAGUAAUAUGUGGUAGUAUCGGUGCAUAAUACUAUACAUCACUAGUGUUUAUUUACACUACUGUAUAGUUUAUCAUCAAUUUGCAUACAUAGUUAUAAAAUAAA